GGGGUGGCGGGGAGCGGAGGGCUCGUUAAAAAGGAGAGUUUUGGGGACCAGGAGUUGGGUGGGAGGGCGACCUGGGAAAGCCCCCAGUUUGUUGCCUUAGGCGGAGGUGACAGUUAUCUGGGCUGUCCUGUGUGGUAGUGAGCUCGCUGUUCCUGGCAUUAAACGCGGAUAGCCCCUUAAGAGUGUGCAAACGGGGCGCUUGUAGUGGGGGGCGCGGUACUUGGCCUGUGGGUCUCCUCCUCUCAGUUGGAGUCUGAGCGGCGCUGAAUGCACUCAUGCCCCGCACAGCGAGGAAGAAGUUGGAGGAAACCACCCAGGUGUCCGUCAUCUAGAGCUGUCUCAUGACAGAUGAGGCCACGUCGGAAGCCACAGGAGCUGCGGCCUCGGCAAGGAAGACACCUAAAGAAAUCCGGCUACGGACCGACCUUUCCUCACUUUUGGACAUGGCGGGUGAAAUCACAGAGACCGGGGAGCUCUAUUCUCCCUACGUGGGACUGGUGUACAUGUUUAACCUCAUCGUGGGCACUGGGGCACUCACCAUGCCCAAGGCCUUUGCCACCGCCGGGUGGCUCGUCAGCCUGGCCCUGCUGGUGUUCCUGGGCUUCAUGAGCUUUGUGACGACUACCUUUGUGGUAGAGGCCAUGGCCGCGGCCAACGCUCAGCUCCGCUGGAAGAGGAUGGAAAACCACCAGGAGGAGGAAGAGGAUGACUCCUCCACGGCCUCCGACAGUGACGUCCUUGUUCAGGACAACUAUGAGCGGGCAGAGAAGCGACCCAUCCUGUCAGUGCAGAGACGCGGAUCUCAGAACCUUUUUGAAAUCACAGACCGGGUGGAGAUGGGACAGAUGGCCUCCCUGUUCUUCAAUAAAGGUUGUCCCAAGCGUGAAGGCCCCUCUGAGCCUCCUCAGCCAGCCCUCCCCUCCAGCCCCCCCGCACCCCGCACCUGCCUGCUUUCGGAGCGUCUGAUGCCCCAAGCCUCACUCAGCCUCGCAGUGGGGGUCAACCUGUUCUACUUCUGCAUUAUCGUUUACCUGUACGGGGAUUUGGCCAUCUACGCUGCCGCCGUGCCCUUCUCCCUCAUGCAGGUGACUUGCGCCACCAGCAACGAGUCCUGUGGUGUGGAGGCCGACGCCAAGCACAACGACACGGACCCGUGCUGGGGACCCCUGCGCCGUGUGGAUGCCUACCGCAUCUACCUGGCUGUCUUUACUCUCCUCCUUGGACCCUUCACCUUCUUUGACGUCCAGAAGACCAAGUACCUGCAGAUCCUGACCUCCCUGAUGAGAUGGGUUGCUUUUGCCAUCAUGAUCGUGCUGGCCCUGGUCCGCAUCGGGAACGGGCACAGGGAAGGGCACCCACCCCUGGCUGACUUCUCCGGGGUCCGGAACCUGUUUGGGGUGUGCGUCUACUCCUUCAUGUGCCAGCAUUCGCUGCCAUCCCUCGUCACACCGGUGUCCUCCAAGCGCCACCUCACACGCCUGGUCUUCCUGGACUACGUGCUCAUCCUCGCCUUCUAUGGCCUCCUCUGCUUCACCGCCAUCUUCUGCUUCCGCGGCGACAGCCUCAUGGACAUGUACACCCUCAACUUCGCACGCUGCGACGUCGUGAGCCUGGCUGCUGUGCGCUUCUUCCUGGGCCUCUUCCCCGUCUUCACCAUCAGCACCAACUUCCCCAUCAUCGCCGUGACCCUCCGCAACAACUGGAAGACGCUCUUCCACCGCGAGGGGGGCACGUACCCCUGGGUGGUGGACCGUGUGGUGUUCCCUACCAUCACCCUGCUGCCCCCAGUGCUGGUGGCCUUCUGCACCCAUGACCUGGAGUCCCUGGUGGGCAUCACGGGUGCCUACGCAGGCACAGGCAUCCAGUACGUCAUCCCCGCCUUCCUGGUGUACCACAGCCGCAAGGACACCCAGCUGGCCCUGGGCUACGGGACCGUCAACAAGCACAGGUCCCCUUUCCGCCACACCUUUUGGGUGGGCUUCGUGCUGCUCUGGGCUUUCUCCUGCUUCUUCUUUGUCACCGCCAACAUCAUCCUCAGCGAUACCAAGGUCUGAUGGCGGCAUGUGUCUGGUGACGAGAGAGGCAGGGCCUCCACUCUGGCCCCCACACUCACCUUCCCACCUGCGGAGCCAAGAGCUGAUCCCUUCCCAGGGUCUCACGGGGCAGGCGAGCCCAGACUCGUGGAGGGGACCCUCCAUGCCUCCUGCCGGGGGCCUUCUCCCCACCCAGGAUCUCGCACAGUCCACACCUCGCCUCACUUGGCAGGGCGGCCCGGCUCCCGGAGCUGCCGCUGGCCAGCCUAGCCGCACGACCCGGGCACACGGCUGGCCCAGUUCCAGGACUAGUUACUGCUUUACGUGCCAGGGGCGGGCGCCUCCCUCCCGCACAGUGGGGACAGUGCUGGCACUCCCGUUAUUUAUACUAGAGGCCGCGUCCCCUCCUCCUCCGUCCAGCCCCUCCUGCAUCCUCGUCCGGGAAAAUUCCUCCACUGUAACUGCUGCCUCCUCAGGGCAAAUCCCAGGCCCUAAAGUCUCCCCACCAGGGCUGCCAGUGACAGGCAGGUCCCACCUUCCCGUCAGGCCUGGCGUGGCCGGGUGCUGCUCCAGUCCCGGGAGAAGGGAAGAAUGACAGGAACAGGAAGUGCCGACUGGCACCAGGGUCCCUGGACUGUGGCUCUGAGGUCCUCGUGUGGGUGCCAGCAGGUGACUCAGGAGCAGUCCUUCCUCGGGGCGCAGCAGCCCGGCAGCCGGUUUAAAGCCCAGAGCCUGUGACCCCUCAGAGGGAUUCUCUGCUCUCCUGACUGCCCUGUUGGGGCCCGUGCAUAACAACCACUAAAGGGAACUACCCCCACCCAGCAUUGCGGUGGCUUAGGGGCACCCUGGGCACGUAGCGGUGAGCGGGCUCUGCGUCCCCCCCUGUCAGAGGUCGGGCCUGCGGAGCAGCAGUAGGCUUGGCUGUCCCUGCUCCCACUCCAGCACUAAACGUGGCUCCCUUUUGAGCCAGGCUCUGGGUGCUCUCUCCGUACUCUCCGUGACCUUUGGGUGCUGUGGACUGAGAUGGGGCACCAGCCACCAUUCUCAUGGAAGGAGAGGUGGCUUCCUGGCCCCGUCACCAGCUCUUCCAUGGUCCCCUCCCUGUCACAGGCAUGCGUGUCCCUGCUGGGCCAGCCCUUCUCAGAAACACAGGUGACUAGCGGGCUCUGCAUUUUCAAUGUGCCUUCUGCUUCAGGACCUGGGGGUCCUUCCUGACCCCUCCCUGGCGUGCCCCCAGCCCAGGGGCUGGCCCCACCAGUCCUGGAGCCCAAAGCAGCCUGGCCUGGAGCUGCCUCUCUCGGGUGGGGUGGCAGGCCCCCACCCCCUCCCCGUUUUGAUUUCAGUGCCUUGCUCAGCUCUCAUUAGGGAACCUCCGCUGCCUUCCCUGCAUGGUGCAGUGCUUAUAUCUUGGACGGAGCGACACCACCAGGUCUCCUGGGGUCCUUGGUGGUCUUGGAAGGAGAGGGAGGAGGACCUGGGGCGUCCCCAGGCAGUGCCGCCCCCGCCCGUGGCUGCCCCAGCCUGUGAGAAUCCCUGGCCACGAUGGGCCGUGGUCUGCUUUCUAACUGCUGCCGCACAUCUCACAGCCUGUCCCCAAGUGUCGUGAUUGUCCAUCCAUGUGGAAAAUAGAUGACCCUUCCCCAUCUGCCAUUGUGGCUUCUUCCCAGGAGGCCCCACCCCCAGGUGGGCAGAGCAGAGAGGGCCCCCGGGUGAUGGGCACCCAUGGCUUGGGCCGACCUGCAGCUGCCCAGCUGUUUCUGGAAACUCAGAACAUCUGUCCUUACCCUUCUCCAUUUACACUCCCUCUUGCUUAAGGACAAAGCAAAUUAAAUCAUUCUGCCGCCCCAGGCUCCAAACCAAAUUUUGGACUCGAAUUUAUUAGCAUCAUAAAGCCCAGGUUGAUUAAUGUGACAAUCUGGAGCCACACAGCGGUGCAGUCGGGUGUCUGUGUUCCCCUCCCCCCCCCCCCCCCCCCCCCCCGAGCUGGACAGCCCCAGGCCUGGAGGGAUAGGUGGCCACAUCCCUGAUGGUACCCCCGGGUGCUCACCGCUGCCACUGUCUGGGAUCCUUUACAGCUCUGUGUUCACCUGCUGGAGGUCAGAUGGGGUCGCCUUCCUCUCUACUGCUGAUGGCCAGGGGGCUGGGGCAGGGGGCACAAGGCCCAACAGCCAGACAGAACCCCGGUGAUGCUCGUUCACCACGUGCAUCAGGCACACUUGGCUGCAAGUGCUUACGUCAGGGUAAUGAGGGGGAUGAGCGGGAUCAUGAUUUCCGUUUUACAGACGGGCCCCCCCGGGGUCAGUGGCAGGGAGGGCAGAAGAGGAUGCAGGCCCAGCCUGGUCUGGGUACAGAUGUCGCUGUGGAGGAGGA